AUGCAAGGUCGCAAGAUAAAACAUCUCUUAAGCAUACAACGACCGUUCUUACUGAAUAUUACCAAGGCAUUUCGUACUUCCCCAACUAAAGCACUAUGUGUAUUGACCGGUCUGCCACCGUUGCAUCUUAGUGUGGAAAAAGAAGCGACUUAUCAAACAGUCGCCCAAUUAGGCCAACCAGCAACCCUCCAUGAGGAUAAUUAUUUCCCAGCGGAAUAUGAGAAGAAGUUGAUACGGCUAUGUGAUCAUCCAGCGAAACAGGGAAAAGGGGUGAACAUUAAUCUCAAGCAAAAUACCAACAUAACGGAUGCUGAUUUAGUAUAUUAUACAGAUGGCUCCCAAAUAGAUGAUAACACAGGCUGUGCCUACAUAGCCCUGCGAAACCUGGACACGCUAACACUUUGGAAAGGUCACCUGGACACCAAUAAUAGUGUGUUCCAGAGUGAGGUGUUAGCAAUUGACCGGGCACUAACCCACAUCAUACAGGAGCAACAUAAUGGAAGCUUCAUAUUGACAGAUAGCUUAUCGUCUCUGCAUGCACUUUUAAAUCCAGUGCACUGUUCCCCGCUCAUAGCAGACAUACAGUCGAAAUUACAUGACAACAGUCAUUUAAACGUAAAGCUGCAAUGGAUAAAGGCCCAUGCUGGCCAAACAGGAAACGAGCUGGCGGAUCAGCUAGCCAAAGAAGCGGCGCAAAACAUAAAUGCUGAACAAAUUAAGAUACCUUGGCCAAUUUCCUGGCUAAAGAAAAAUCUUACGCAAAAAAUCAAAUCCCUGUGGCAGGAAGAGUGGAACUCUGACGACACAGGACGUCGUGUUUAUUAUCAUAUUCCCACAGUAACUUAUGAUCGCCUCAUAAUACAUGCUCAACUUGUACGGUAUAUAACGGGACAUGGUCCUUUUCCUGUAUAUUUUGAAAGGUUUGGCAUUACAAAUACGGCACAGUGCAUUUGCGGUGAAUUGGGCACACCCGAACAUUAUGUAGCUAACUGCCCACUAACAACUGAUUUGCACCUGCCGAUCCCGCCAACGAAUGAGCAAGCAUUUAGCAGGUUCAUGAUUAAUAACAAGCAUGCAGUACGAAAGAUUAACAAAAUUGUUAAUAAACUUAUGGACCUCGGCACUGACCUGUGUCAAAUCUAA